AUGGAGAUCGCGCUGGUGACUCUGGAGAACGGCGGCACCACGGCCAUCGCGGGCGGCGACGAUGCCGCGGCCGCCGGCGGCCGGGCGCGCUGGCGGGGCAACCUGCCGCACCUGGCCGGCUCGCCGCAGCUGAGCGACGGCAAGGAGAGCGCCCUGCCGGCCCCGCCGCCGCCCGCGGGGGACGAGCAGCGGGAGCGGCCCCCGCCGGGGCCCCGCGCCGGAGGAGGCGGCGGCGCGGGCGGCCCCGACGAGCGGCCGGCGGAGCCCCGCGGAGCGCCCGAGCCGCCGCCGCGGCCGCCGCCCCGCGCCCCGCGCCCCGCCGCGGACAUGGAGCCGCCCGAGGAAGGGGGACACCGCCGGGGCAUGGCCAUGGCGGCGGCGGGCGACGAGGAGGAGGAGGCGGCGGCGGCCAACGCGGGCGCCAUGCACCACCAGCGGGUGCUGAUCAACAUCUCGGGGCUGCGCUUCGAGACGCAGCUGGGCACCCUCAACCAGUUCCCCGACACGCUGCUGGGGGACCCCGACAAGCGCAUUCGCUACUUCGACCCGCUCCGCAACGAGUACUUCUUCGACCGCAACCGGCCCAGCUUCGACGGCAUCCUCUACUUCUAUCAGUCCGGGGGCAAGCUCCGCCGGCCCGUCAAUGUCUCCAUCGACGUCUUCGCCGACGAGAUCCGCUUCUACCAGCUGGGUGAGGAGGCCAUGGAACGCUUCCGGGAGGACGAGGGCUUCAUCAAAGAGGAGGAGAAGCCCCUGCCUCGCAAUGAGUUCCAGCGCCAGGUCUGGCUCAUCUUUGAGUACCCCGAGAGCUCCAGCUCGGCCCGGGCCAUCGCCAUUGUCUCCGUGCUGGUCAUCCUCAUCUCCAUCAUCACCUUCUGCCUGGAGACCCUGCCCGAGUUCAGGGACGAGAGGGAGAUGCCCGUACCCCUGCCCCCACAAGGUGGAGGUUUGAAUGGCACGCCCGGCGACUCCCCGCCCAUGCAGCCACCCAGUAGCCUGGCUGACCCCUUCUUCAUCAUCGAGACCACCUGUGUGAUCUGGUUCACCUUCGAGCUCCUCGUGCGCUUCUUCGCCUGCCCCAGCAAGCCCGAGUUCUCCCGCAACCUCAUGAACAUCAUCGACAUCGUGGCCAUCAUCCCCUACUUCAUCACCCUGGGCACCGAGCUGGCCCACGAGCAGCAGCCCGGGUCUGGCAGUAGCAAUGGGGGCGGGGGCCAGCAGCAAGCCAUGUCCCUGGCCAUUCUCAGAGUCAUUCGCCUGGUCAGAGUCUUCAGGAUCUUCAAGCUCUCCAGGCACUCCAAGGGGCUGCAGAUCUUGGGACAGACUUUGAAAGCCAGCAUGAGGGAGCUGGGCCUCCUCAUCUUCUUCCUCUUCAUCGGGGUGAUCCUCUUCUCCAGCGCUGUCUACUUUGCUGAGGCCGAUGACCCCGAGUCUCACUUCUCCAGCAUCCCUGAUGCUUUCUGGUGGGCGGUGGUUACCAUGACUACUGUGGGCUAUGGGGACAUGAGACCUGUCACUGUGGGGGGCAAGAUUGUGGGCUCCUUGUGUGCCAUCGCGGGUGUGCUCACCAUUGCCCUGCCCGUCCCUGUCAUCGUCUCCAACUUCAACUACUUCUACCACCGAGAGACUGACCACGAAGAGCAGUCUGUCCUCAAGGAUGAGCACAGCAGUGCUCAGGGCAGCACUGCGGGGGAAGAAGAUAAGAGAAGACCCAGUAAAAACUCUCUGAACAAAUCUGUUGUGCACUUGGAAAACAGUGAGGAGUUCAACAGUGGCACCAGCUCCUUAGAGAAAGCCAAUAUCAAAGCGAAAAGUAACGUAGAUCUCAGAAAGUCCCUCUAUGCUUUCUGUCUGGACACCAAUAGGGAAACAGACCUGUGAGGAGAGGAGACAGAGUUCAGAGGGGCAGAAGGAUUUUUCUGGUGUCAGAAACUUGCUACUAUAAUUAUUCUUUUAGUACCAAUUAGUUUUUUAAGUCAGGCUGUAUUUUAUAAAUUGAUCACUGUCCUGAGCAGUCCUCCAGGAAUACAUGUUUUUAUGUUCUUUUUCCAUGACACAAAGGGUCACCUAUUUUUAAAAUAGACUAAGAAUAAGCUACGCUCCGUGAUGCAGGAGCGGGUAAAUUAUGACAGUGAAAAAUCUAAUUUGUAGAAACUUAUUUUAGCAAAUGGUCAUUGGUUUUAAAUGGGUAAUUUGUAACCAAUUCAGUUGCUCCGAGUUUAGUAUAAAGGA